AAAAAAAAAAGAAAUCAGAUUAUUAUUCGAAGACGAAAAAAAAUAAAAAGGGAAUUAUUAUGAAAGGUGGAGGUGGUGAUGGUGGAAUUAUAGUAGGAGUAGCAGUCAAGAGCAACUGUUGUUGUUGUUGUUCGUUUAUUAUUUUUGAUUUUCGAUUAUUAAUAUUCUUAUCUUACUAUUGUUUUUUAUCUUACUUCUUUUAUUCUUCUUCCUUGUUCUAUCUUUUCAAUCCUCACAUUGCACACAGCUGUUAUAUUUUACCCUUUAUUUAUCGAUGUUAUUGUUUUCGUCCCUUGUGCUCUUCCAUUCCUCGUCAUUACGAAAUUGGGAUUUGAUCGCAAGAGAGAGAAAGGCAUAAAGAAUUGGAGGAAGAACAGAAGUUCCUUCUCCUGGUGAACCCUAAUUUUUGUUCCUGCUUCUUGUACUUUAGGGGUUCUGCAAUUUCUGGGGUUUUGUGAACCGGGGAUAGGAAAGUCUCGAUCUUUGAUCGGUUUUCGUCGAUGGAGGGAGAGGCUUGUUCCGAGGGAGAGGAUAAUCGGAGAAGGGGUGGCACAGACGAUGAUAGCAAUGAGAAUAACAACAACAAGAUUGUGAAUUCUAAUGAGGGGCAGAGCAAGCCCAAGCGCCAGAUGAAAACCCCUUUUCAACUUGAAACCCUCGAGAAGGCUUAUGCUGUGGAUAAUUAUCCGUCGGAGACGAUGAGGGGAGAACUUUCUGAGAAAUUAGGUUUGUCGGAUCGGCAGCUACAGAUGUGGUUCUGCCAUAGGAGGUUGAAGGACAAGAAGGACUUGACGUCCAAGAAACUGCCACGGAAGAUGGUGGCAGAGCCUUUGCCGGAAUCACCUACAGAUGACCCCAUGCUGGGCCCCUCGGAGCUUGGUAAUGAGUAUGGAUCCGGGUCCGGUUCAGGUUCCAGCCCUUAUGCCCGAGUGGAGCCCCUGAACAUUGUUCCUCGGGGUGUGCCUGGUUAUUACGAGUCCCCACGGGCUAUGAUGGAGAAUAGAGCAAUUGCUUGUGUUGAGGCGCAGUUAGGAGAGCCGUUGAGGGAAGAUGGACCAAUUCUAGGAGUAGAGUUUGAUCCAUUGCCUCCAGAUGCCUUUGGAGCACCUUUAGCAGCAGCAACAGAACAGCAGAAGCUACCCAAUUUUGCCUAUGACAGUAAAAUAUAUGAAAGACAUGAUAGUAGAGCCAAUAAGGCUAUGGCAAGGACAUUCCGUGACUAUCGAUCUCUACCGAGCCAGUCUGGCCCUAGGUCUGAUACUCCUGGACCGUUCAGCAAAUCUCAUUUACAUGAUGCAAUGGAAGGUCCUGCCAGAAAUCCUCAUUUGGCUCUUGGAAAUGAAACUGUACCUAGAAUUCGUCCUAGUCAAGGUCAAUUUCGUGCUCGUCUUUUGUCUCAACAAGAUAAGCAAUUGAUUCCGUAUCAGUCUCCUACGCGGGGUGAUAAUACCGCCCCAAUUAGGGAAUUUGACCCAUCCAUACUUAAUGUUGGAACGAGCUCUCACUUUGCUGAUCACCAAACUGUUGUGCCAGAAAAUCACCAUGCUCAACCUAGUGGUCAAGUUUUGCAUAACAACAAUGCAACACGGAUUGAGAAGAAACGAAAGGGUGAUGAUGUUCGUGAUGUAGAAGCGCAUGAGAUGAAAAUCCGGAAAGAGAUUGAGAAGCAAGAUAACCUUAGACGAAAGAAUGAAGAGAGGAUGAGAAAAGAAAUAGAGAAACAAGAUCGUGAAAGAAAGAAGGAAGAAGAGAGGUUAAUGCGUGAGAGACAACGAGAAGAGGAAAGAGCAAAACGGGAGCAAAAACGCGAAAUUGAGCGGAGGGAAAAAUUUUUGCUGAAAGAAAAUUUAAAAGCAGAAAAAAUGAAGAUAAGAGAAGAGCUUCGCAAAGAGAAAGAAGCAGAGAGAAGGAAAGCUGCCCUUGAGAAGGCGACUGCCCGUAGAAUAGCUAAGGAAUCUAUGGAACUUAUUGAGGAUGAACAGCUGGAAAUGAUGGAGUUGGCUGCCACAAGCAAGGGGUUUUCCUCUAUUAUUCAUCUUGAUUUUGAUACUCUGCAACAUAUUGAGUCAUUUAGGGAUUCAUUGUGUGUUUUCCCACCAAAGAGUGUCAAGCUAAGAAAGCCAUUUGCAAUCAAACCCUGGAUCAACUCAGAGAAGAAUGUUGGCAAUCUUCUCAUGGUUUGGAGAUUUUUGAUUACUUUUGCUGAUGUUCUGGAGUUAUGGUCUUUUACUCUAGAUGAGUUUGUUCAAGCAUUUCAUGACUAUGAUUCAAGAUUAUUGGGUGAGAUACAUGUUGCUCUUCUUAAGGUGGUAAUAAAAGACAUUGAAGAUGUUGCAAGGACACCUUCUACAGGAUUAGGAUCGAACCAAAAUGGUGCUGCUAACUCUGGAGGUGGUCAUCCAGAGAUUGUGGAAGGCGCAUAUGCAUGGGGCUUUGACAUAAGGAAUUGGCAUAAGCACUUGAAUCUAUUGACAUGGCCAGAAAUUUUCCGACAGCUAGCUUUAUCUGCAGGAUAUGGACCACAGUUAAAGAAAAGAAGUGCUACCUGUUCAUAUGCAAAUAAUAAAGACGAGGGAAGAAGUUGUGAAGAUAUCAUUUCUAAACUUCGUAACGGUUCAGCAGCUGAAAAUGCAGUCGCAAAAAUGCAGGAGAGAGGUCUGUUAGCCCCUCGAAGAUCUAGACAUCGAUUAACUCCUGGUACAGUUAAAUUUGCAGCAUUUCAUGUUCUAUCCCUUGAGGGUGACAAGGGAUUGACAGUACUAGAGCUUGCAGAAAAAAUUCAGAAAUCUGGUCUUCGAGAUCUGACGACCAGCAAGACACCUGAGGCAUCAAUUUCUGUUGCUUUAACAAGAGAUACCAAGCUUUUUGAAAGAAUAGCUCCAUCAACAUAUUGUGUACGUCAGGCAUUUAGAAAGAACCCUGCUGAUGCCGAGUCCAUUCUUUCAGAAGCAAGAAAGAAAAUUCAGAUAUUUGAAAAUGGGUUUCUAGCUGAGGAGGAUACAGAUGAUGUUGAAAGAGAAGAGUCAGAGAGUGACGAAAUUGAUGAGGACCCUGAAGUUGAUGAUUUGGUUAAUUCUUCAAGUGCAAACAAAACAUCUGAACCGUGUGAUGAUUUCUCAUCAAAUGGAAAAGAAAAUUUGGGCCAUGAUGUUGGACUUCAGGGUGAGUUUGAUAAGGAUCUGCCUCGUUUUCCUGAGAGUUCUUCCAAGAAGGUUGAUACUCCAAUUGCUGUAACCGGGAAACCUGGUGCUUGUGAAGAUUUGAACGUUGGAAAUCUUGGUGAAGAUAAUAUGGAAAUUGAUGAAAGCAAGCCCGGAGAGUCAUGGGUUCAAGGGCUUGCAGAAGGAGAGUAUUCUGACCUCAGUGUAGAGGAGCGUCUAAAUGCUCUUGUUGUGUUGGUUGGUGUGGCAAAUGAAGGAAAUUCAAUCCGUGUUGUUCUUGAGGAUCGUUUGGAAGCAGCAAAUGCUCUGAAGAAACAAAUGUGGGCAGAAGCACAACUGGAUAAAUUUCGAUUAAAAGAUGAUAUUUUCAGUAAAUCUGAUUUUCCAUCUCUUAAUGGGAAUAAAGUUGAAGUACAAUAUUCUUGUCCCGCCAUGGAGGGAAACCAAAGCCCUUCGUUGCUUGGCAUUAAUAUUGGCAACAAUAGUAAUAAUGUGCCCUCUCCCAGCACUGCAGAAAAUCAAAAAGCAGCUCUAGGUGUACAGAGCCUGUCUGUUGAAAAACACUCUUCCGUUCAAGAUCUGUGCACUGGUGGCCCAGAUAACCCUCAGAUUCAGACAUUUGCUCAGUAUUCAAAAAGGUCACGGUCUCAGCUGAAAUCUUAUAUUUUCCACAUAGCAGAGGAGAUGUGUGCCUACAGAUCCUUACCCCUUGGGCAAGAUCGAAGACGUAACCGUUAUUGGCAAUUUGUUGCAUCUGCUUCUUCCAAUGAUCCUGGCUCUGGCAGGAUCUUUGUUGAAUUUCUUGAUGGCAAUUGGAGGCUGAUUGAUACUGAAGAGGCCUUUGAUGCGCUUCUGAAUUCCCUUGAUUCGCGUGGGGUCAGGGAAUCUCAUUUGCGACUAAUGUUGCAAAAGGUUGAGGGUUCCUUUAAGGAAAAUGUCCGUAAUAAUACUCAAUGUUCUAAAGCUGGAAGCAGAGGCGAAACAUGUGUUAAAAAUGAAGCUGACGAAACAGAUUCCAGUCCUGAUCGCCAUACUGGAUCUGACAGUCCCAGUAGCACCCUUUGUGGCUUGAACUCUGACAGUUUGGAAACUUCCUCAUCCUUCAAAAUUGAGCUUGGGAAAAGUGAGAGCGACAAGAAAUCUGCAUUGAGAAGGUAUCAAGAUUUUCAAAAGUGGACAUGGAAAGAAUGCUAUAACUCAUCAAAAUUAUGCGCCAUGAAAUAUGGGAAGAAAAGAUGCAAACCUCAGGUUGUCGUCUGUGAUAUCUGUCUCAAUCCUUAUUUCUUUGAAGACUCCCAUUGCAGUUGUUGCCACCGAACUUUUCCCUCAAAUAAUGGAUUUAAUUUUUCUAAACACGCAUUUCAAUGCGGAGACAAAUUAUCAAAAGAGAUUUGUAUUUUGGAUUCGUCUCUUCCCUUACGGACAAGAUUGCUUAAGGCCCUGCUAGCUUAUAUUGAGGUUUCUAUUCCACCUGAAGCUUUUCAAUCAAAUUGGAUCGAAGAUAUUAGGAGGCAUUGGAGUGUGAAGUUGAGCAAAUCAUCUUCUGUAGAGGAAUUGCUACAGAUAUUGGCCCUACUUGAGAGAGCAUUGAAGCGGGACUUUCUAUCAUCAACCUUCUCUACGACAGGGGAACAGUUGGGGUUGAACACUAUGUCAGAGAGUGCUGCACAAACCUCUGCUGAUCCUGAAUCAGUUGCUGUACUUCCAUGGGUUCCACUGACCACUUCAGCCGUGUCUCUCAGGCUUUUUGAGUUUGAUGAAUCAAUUGUCUACGUACUGCAUGAGAAACCUGAACCUCGUGAGGAGAAAGAAGAUAGGCAGUACAUAAAGCUUCCUUCAAGACACAAUGCUUCCAAAUCUAUUAAAGUGGCUGAAACAGUAGACAUGGGCCAUGAUGAAUUCAUGAAAGUUAAAUCUCGUACUGUGAAAAUUGUGCAAAGCAACAACAAACGAGGACGAGGUAGUGCUCUCAAAGGACGGAGUAAAAGUAUAUCUAAAACCAAGCAAAAUAACGGCCGUCGGCACAGUGCAAAGGUUGCCGGGAAUCUAAAUCAAAGGGUAAAACAACAGGGAGGGGGAUCACAAGGACGUGGUCGUCGAACAGUCCGGAAAAGAAGAGUGGGGAAAAAGGCUGUUGAAGAUCUGUUGCUAGACCAUAGGGGUGCCUCUCGUAGCAACAACAUUGCUAGAGAAUCAUUAAGAAACUUGGAUGAGGAUUGGGAUGAUGAAAAAGCAAGUCCUAUGACCCCCAUCCAUAUGGGGACUGCUAACGUUAGUAACAGCACUGAAGAGGCUGAAUCUGAUGACAAUGUCCAAGCAGUGGAAUCCGAUGACAAUGGCCAAGCAGUGGAAUCUGAUGACAAUGGCCAAGCUGUGGAAUAUGAUCAAGGAAACUGGGAAAUAGGUUUUAAUGGUAAUCCCAGCCGAUGGCAGGGUGAUCUUGUUGGAACAAGUGAUGAAGAUGUUGAAGCUUCUGAAGAUGACAAUGACAAUGAGAAUGGCAUUGAAGAGAAUGAAGAGGAUUCAGAUGCAGAUGUUAUGAGCGAGGGUUCAGAUGCUACUGCAAACAGAAUUGUAAAUGAAGAAGAAAGCUCAGACUCUGAUGUCUCUGAAGAUUCUUCUGAUUAGAAUAUUGUUUUCGAAGGCUGCGUUACAUUUUUUUAUAUUGCAGCUUUACGAGGUAACCAUGUUCCCAGUCUUGGCAUGGCUUCUCGAGAGUUUUAUGGUUGAUUAGGUUAAUAGUGUACAAUAGAUAUAAACCCGCCCAUUGCGUGGAUUCUUAAAAGAUUUUUAUAGAAAGAUUAUAAUAUUAUUAUACAAUCAAUAAUAGUGCUACAAAAACAAAUCACAAAA